AUGGAACAGGAGGUGUGCGGUGGAGUUAAGUCUCCAUUCUGGAAAGAUUUGCCGUACGCCGACAUCCACGCUUCCAUCACCCCUGACGUCCUGCACCAACUGUAUCAGGGCGUCUUCAAGCACCUGGUAUCCUGGUGCGAGGACCUCCUCGGUCCCGAGGAGCUCGACAACCGUCUCCGGUGUCUCCCCGGCGCGUACGGUAUACGACACUUCAAAAAUGGGAUAUCGUCCCUCUCUCAGGUGUCGGGAAAGGAACGGAAGGAAAUGGCCCGGGUUCUUCUUGGAUGUCUCAUUGGGAAAGUACCUAGAUCCGUCAUGCUCACCUUCCGCUCACUUCUCGACUUCAUUUACCUUGCGCAGUACCCCACCCAUGACGACUCUACCCUCGAAUACUUGACGGAAGCUCUGAAGACCUACCACAAGAACAAGGACAUCCUGAUCAAGCUCGGGAUUCGAGACCACCUCAAUAUUCCGAAGUUUCAUUCCCUCGUCCAUUACGUGGAAUCUAUUCGACUCUACGGCACCACAGACAAUUACAACACCGAAAUGUUCGAGCGCCUCCAUAUCGACUUCGCAAAGAAGGCCUGGCGGGCAUCCAAUCACCGCGACGAGUUUCCGCAAAUGAUGAAGUGGAUCACCCGGAGAGAGAAGAUGGCUGCUUAUGAGGCCUUUCAGAAGGAGUGCCAAGCCAUGGAAGAGUUGGACGACUCUGAAGAGCCUCAAGAACUACAUCUCAAUCGUCGCGAGCUAGCCCGGACUUGGCUUCCCUUCGACCGGCUGGACGUAUAUCACAAGGUCAGGUUCAAGCCGUGCGAGAUAUCCGAGGGCAAGGAGGAGUCCGACGUGGUAAAAGCGGUCCCCGGUGCAGCUCGAGAGGGACGGAAGAACAGAUUCGACCCUGUCAUCGUCCUUGAGAACAAUGACGCUGAAUCCACAGGUUUAACCGGCACGAGAGCGGCCAGAGUAAAAGUCAUAUUUACUCUGCCUAAGACUGUCUCCGCCUCAAACGGACGCAGCCCUGCGCCGGCCUGGUGGCCCGAAGGUCCUCUCGCAUAUGUCGAGUGGUACACUCGAUUUUCGGGGGCUGCAGACGCAACACACCUCAUGUACUCGGUGAGCAAACCGCCGUCAACGGCCGACGGGCUUCCACCAGGAAAGAUCGUACCAUUCUCGCAAAUCAGACAGUCUUGCCAACUCAUCCCUUCGUUUCCGGACGGCACAGUUCCAGCGGACUGGACAACGGAAAAUACAUUGGAUAAAGCAAGCAAGAUGUACGUGAAUAACUGGGCCGGACUCUACGCGUAUCAAACCAUCUGGUAG